CAGUUCUCUUACAAAUUGUUUCUACAUGACUUCGUAGGGCUUGCCGUUUGUUACUUGAAAAUUCGAGAUAAAAUUUAAAACUAUAUCAUAAUGGCUUCUAGUGAUUCUAAUACAGAUGAUUCAUUGUAUCCAAUUGCUGUCCUUAUUGAUGAGCUACGAAACGAAGAUGUCCAGCUGAGGCUCAAUAGUAUUAAGAAACUAUCCACAAUAGCAUUGGCACUGGGAGUUGAAAGAACAAGGAGUGAAUUGAUACCAUUUCUAACAGACACAAUAUAUGAUGAAGAUGAAGUUUUGUUAGCUCUGGCUGAGCAGUUGGGCACAUUUACACCUUUAGUAGGAGGACCUGAAUUUGUGCACUGUCUACUGCCUCCACUUGAAAGUCUCGCUACUGUGGAAGAAACAGUCGUUCGAGAUAAAGCUGUUGAAUCUCUGAGAAAUAUUUCUCAACAACAUAGUUCUGCUGAUUUAGAGCAAUAUUUUGUACCAUUAGUAAAAAGACUUGCAUCAGGAGACUGGUUUACAUCACGAACUUCUGCUUGUGGAUUAUUUGGUGUUUGCUAUUCCAGGUUAUCAGCCCCCUUAAAAGCUGAAUUGAGAAAUCAUUUUCGCAACCUUUGUCAGGAUGAUACACCAAUGGUUCGUCGAGCUGCUGCUAGCAAAUUGGGAGAAUUUGCCUAUGUUGUGGAAUUGGACUAUGUGAAAUCUGAUUUGAUUCCAUUAUGGGCAAAUUUAGCUCAGGAUGAACAGGACUCUGUUCGAUUACUUGCUGUGGAAGCUUGUGUUUCUAUUUCCGAACUUCUACCCCAAGAUGAUAUUGAACAAUACGUAAUGCCAAUUUUGCGCCAAGCAGCAGAAGACAAAUCUUGGAGAGUCCGCUAUAUGGUUGCAGACAAAUUCAAUGAAAUUCAAAAGGCAGUGGGACCUGAAAUAACAAAAACAGACCUUGUGCCUGCUUUCCAGAACUUGCUGAAAGAUUGUGAAGCUGAAGUUCGUGCUGCUGCUGCUCAUAAAGUAAAAGACUUUUGCCAGAAUCUGCCAACAGAAAUCCAAGAACCAGUAAUAAUGAAUAAUAUUCUUCCUUGUAUUAAAGAGUUAGUUGCUGAUGCCAAUCAACAUGUAAAAUCAGCUUUAGCAUCAGUAAUCAUGGGGUUGUCUCCAAUAUUAGGAAAACAAAACACUAUAGAACAUCUUCUGCCUCUAUUCUUAUCCCAACUUAAAGAUGAGUGCCCAGAUGUGCGGUUGAACAUCAUUUCUAAUCUGGAUUGUGUUAAUGAAGUAAUUGGCAUAACACAGCUCUCUCAAAGCCUUCUUCCUGCUAUUGUUGAGCUGGCAGAAGAUAGUAAAUGGAGAGUGAGGCUAGCUAUCAUCGAGUACAUGCCUCUUUUAGCUGGACAAUUGGGAGUAGAAUUUUUUGAUGAAAAAUUGAAUACACUCUGUAUGACCUGGCUUGUAGAUCAUGUAUUUGCUAUUAGAGAAGCAGCUACCCAGAACUUGAAAAAGUUAGUAGAAAAAUUUGGUUCUGAGUGGGCUGUCAAUACAGUAAUUCCAAAAGUAUUAACGAUGUCUCAAGACCAGAAUUACCUACAUCGUAUGACAUGUCUAUUUUGUAUAAAUGUUUUAGCUGAAGCUUGUGGUCCAGAUAUAACAGUCAAGUAUAUGCUGCCUACUGUUUUGAGUCUGGCAAAUGAUAAUGUUGCCAAUGUACGGUUCAAUGUUGCUAAAACUUUACAAAGGAUAGGGCCUGUGUUAGACAAUGCGGCAUUAGAAAGUCAAGUGAAACCUUGUCUUGAUAAAUUGAACAAUGACAAUGAUAUGGAUGUCAGAUAUUUUGCUUCUGAGGCUCUAGCAGUAUUGGGAGCUUAAUUUUCUCUGCUAAUCUGAUGAAUGCUUUUAUUUGAAUUUUUGUCUUCAAAAAGUGGUUCGAACUCAUCAUUUCUUUAUAACAAUCACUCAAAUGUGGGAAAAUUUCCAACAGCAUAGCUAUAUACCACAGUGCAGGCAUUGUCAGCAACUGGGAGUGUAUUAAUCCAUCUGUUGUUUGCCCAGCAUUUUUUUUUGUCUGAGUGCAUGAAUUGUUUUAAAAAAAAAACUCCAUAGUCCCAUUGUAGCUUUAAUUAUAUUAAAAUUUCUGAAAUUUGCAAUUCUCAUUCUUUUUUUGCUGCCAAGUUUUUAUCAGACCAUAUAAGUAGUAUUUAUUCAAAAAAUUAUCUCAAUUUUCUGAUUUUUUUUUCAAAAGAUAUUAAUAUAUAUAUAUUCCCCCUGCUUAUGCAUUAUUAUAAGUAGAAAAUGUUUCUUAUUUGGUGAAGUUUUCUACACUUGUUUGGGAGUUAAGUUUAAUUGAUGAAUAUCAAUGAAAGUUCUUAAAUAAAUAUUCAGUGUGUGUGUUUUAUAUAUUUAUGCUGUUUUCACCUUUUCCUACUGCAUAACCUAGAUGGAUGCUAAUAACGCUCAUAUGAAAAGAAAUUUAAAAAAAAAAGGGGGAGAAGGUCAAUUCAGAAAUUAGUGUUCAUUUGGAUUUAUCUGUCUAACCAAUAUUGUAAAUUAUUAAGCUGAAUGUCAUUUAGUGGGAUUAUUUUUUCUAUUCAUUAUAAGAAUGUCGUUUUUAGUUCUUAGAACUGUGGUUUUACAUUGAUACAUUUGUAGUUAUAUGCCAUCUAAAGCAUUGUUUUGAUUUUUCAUUUGUAUGUGGGCCUGACAUCAUUUUAUUACUUCGUAAUAAAUUGUCUGCUGUUUGCAAUUGCAUUUUGGUAUCUUUGUUAUUUAUUACUGAAGAACUAAUAUUUCUGUCAGUGGAAACUUUGUCAAAAUAAUUGUACAGUGUCAAACUUCAGAUCUAGAAAAAGCUUUAUUUUUGUGCGAUUUUCUAUCGUACAAGUUAACCAGAAAAUGCUGUAUAGCUGGAAAACUCAUAGAUGACAUCUAGAAAAUGCUGGACCAUUUUAACCUGGACUCACAACCUGUAGUACUACUUAAUAGUUUUCUCAGUACUAGUAUGGAAUUUAAAACAAAGUAUCCAUAUUCUGAUGUAACUAUAAAUAAAAUGACAUUUCUGUGUUCAUUAUUUUAUCCGAUUCUGUAUAUCUUGUGGAAAUAUUAAAAUGUUCAGUUAUUGACUAUAAUUUGUGUUUAGUAAAUAUGUUGAAACGUUUGAAUCAAA